UUGUCUCGGUAAUUAGUUAUCUUGCGCCAGACUGUUUAUCUUUGGCCCGCUUUGGCUCCGAAAUUACAUCCGGGGAAGACUGGUGACCUUGUUGGGUUGUUCAUCAUGGCGUCUAUCGUCAGGUUGAGUUCUGUAUGUCGCAGAGGAGUUAAACCUCUGUUCUACCAAACCACAUUGCUGGCCAGGCCUUUGGUUGUGCCACAUAAAUACCAGGAGCAGCCAUACCAGCUCACAGCUAAAAUCCAUGCAUCCCAGGCUCUAUACGCGGGCUCUGGCUCUAAAGCUGCCUCCAUGCACUGGACAGCGGAGCGUGUCCUGAGCAUUAUGCUACUGGCCAUGGGCCCUGUGGCUUACUUUCACCCUGGUCCAGUCAUGGACUACUCCCUGGCUGCAGCCCUCACUCUGCAUGGUCACUGGGGCAUUGGACAGGUGUUGACAGACUACGUUCACGGAGAAGCAAAGAUCAAGAUGGCCAAUGCAGGACUCUUCCUUCUCUCCACUGUCACCUUUGCAGGUCUCUGCUACUUCAACUACCAUGACGUAGGCAUUUGUAAAGCUGUGGCACUGCUAUGGAGCAAAUAAAUAAGACUGUGGACGGGCAGCUGUGGGAGGGCAGCGCUCAUCUCCUGGCUCAUUGUAAAAAUUGAAGGGGUUCUAUGUAAAUUGUUAUAAAUAUAUAUUAUUUUGAAAACAUGACAGUGAUUCAGAGGUGUAAUAAUUGUUAUAUAUCACAGUUAUUGCUGUACAUUAAUGUUGACAGUUUGUCUGCAUAUAAAUGACUUACAGUAAUGGCUGGUUGGCAAAUUACCUUCAUUCCUACAUGUGGCAGAGCAGCUAUCUAACAGUCCGCUGGCUUCCACUUUGGAUUGUGAUCAUCCAUGUGUUUGAUUUACAUGCUCAUUUAAUUCAGCAGAAAAGUCCGCUUAAUACUGCCGUUGCAUUAUCAGAAAUGUUUUUUUCCCCAUAAAUCUCAUAAUUUCCUUCAGGUCUUGCAUAGAUGAUUUAUUGACUUUGUCCAUGAUCACCUUUUUGUGUUGGUAACCGUAUUUUAGUACUUGCCAUUAUACCUUUUAGCUUAGAUGCACAAUAUGCUUCUCUGUUUAAGCAUUAUGGAAAGUUAUUUAUAAUUGCAUUUUUUUUUUCCGAAUGUGAUGGGGUAGUGUAAACCUACCUUUGGGUUCUCACCAUGGCACAAAUAUACAGUAUAAUUUGGUUUCAAAAAUGAAUUGCCUUAUUGGGCUUUAAGUGUUUUAGCAUUAAGAAUAUUUGAGAAGAGAUUUGACUCUAUUUCUCCAUUACACUUGACCCUGUACUCUCCAUUACACUGAAUGAAAUGUCCUAAGUUCCUGUAGAUAAGUGGAAGAUUAUACUGUUGUCUGUUUAAGAGUUUUGAACUACUGUCAAUGCAAAACAUCGAACUGUGGUGGAAUACACAAUAAUACUGAACUACAUAAAUGUUAAACCCAACCUAUCAAAAAUUCAGGCUACAUGAAAUUGAAAGAAUUGUGGAAUUUCAAUACUGCAGUACUUACUAAAAAAAAGUAAAACAUUUAAUCAGUCAAAUUAAUCUCUAGCGCUUGUAUUGUAUUCCACUAUAUUCAAAUAUAUAUAGCCUAUAACAUAAUGUCCUGAACAUAAACAUUUUUUUACUGGAUGCUUUCCUUUGUUUGUCACCUGAAAGGUUGUUAAAAGCUUAAUGGUGUUUUGAUUGAACCAUGAGUUCUUUCUUUAUUCUUAAUACAGUCAAUAUUUUUUCACUGUAAAACCACAAAAAGAUGUUUGAUUGCAAGCUUAUAGUUUCAAAUUGGUCCACAUGGUAUAAAUUUGCAUAAAUUAACACAGUUAAGAUCAUUAUAUUAAAGAUUUGUGCAAAAACAUUUACAGAAAUUGUUUCUAAUGAGUAAAGCACUUCUUUCCACUGCUUAAAUAUAUUGGUGUUUCUUUUCAUCCUCUGUGUCCUAUUUACCCCACUGUCUGUUAAGUGUCAUUUGUUCAAACUAGAUGCCAUCCACAACAUCCAUGCUUAUAGGAAUAAAAACACUUUUGACCGUA